UGUAGGCUUUGCAGUGCACCUACAUUUGCCUAUAAAGCAUUUGGCCUCUCCCCUGUUAAUAGUCAGCAAGCAUUACAACCUUUGUUUUUGAAUCUAGGAGCAAAGAUGGUCUCUAACAAUCAACUCUUUCACCUCUUUUUGUUUCUUUGUUUUUUCCAGAUUACAUGUUUGCAUGCCCAACUCUGCACUCAAGAACAGACCUCUGCAUUGCUCCAAUUUAAUCGACAAUUUUCCUUCGAUAAAUCUGCUUCCGACAGUGGCUGUGCUUAUUACGGAAUGCUUUCUUACCCGAAGAUGGAGUCGUGGAAGGAGGGUUCUGAUUGUUGCUCAUGGGAUGGGGUCGAGUGUGAUGACAAGACAAAUCAAGUAAUUGGCCUCGACCUCAGUUGCAGCUGGCUCAACGGCACCAUCCAACCCAAUAGCACCAUCUUCUACUACUUUCCUCACCUCCAAAGCCUCAACCUUGCUUUCAAUGACUUUCGUAUGUCUCCAAUCUCAUCUGAAUUUAGUCGGUUCACCAGACUGACACACCUCAACCUCUCAUGGUCUAGUUUUUCUGGCAAAGUCCCUAUAGAAGUCUCCUUUCUGAGCAGAUUGGUCUCGCUUGAUCUCUCUUCCAAUUAUGGUUUGAGUAUGGAAGAACCGGGAUUUGAAUUACUUGUUCAAAACUUAACCAAGGUAAGAGAACUUAAUCUUGAUAGUGUAAACAUAUCUUCAGUGGUCUCGAAUUCCUUGCUCAAUCUGACUUCUUUAACACAUCUCGAUCUCAGUGGGUGUGGAUUGCUUGGAAAAUUUCCUGACGGAAUAUUCCAUUUACCACGUCUGAAUGAGCUGCGUAUAUUUUAUAAUCAUGCUCUCACUGGUUAUUUUCCCGAGUUUAUAAACUCGAGUAGUCCUCUCCAGUACUUGGACCUUACAUACACUAAUUUCUCUGGAGAACUACCCGACUCAAUUGGGAAUUUGAAGUCCUUGAAAAUGUUGUUUGCCUAUGAUUGUAAAUUUUAUGGAUCCAUCCCUACAUCGCUCGGAAACCUUACGGAAAUGACUCUUUUAUACAUCGGAAAUAACAAUUUCACUGGCAUGCUCCCAUCUUCACUUUCAAAUCUUGGAAAUCUUGUCCACUUGGGAGUUUGGGGUAAUAAUUUUGAAGGUAAAAUCGCAGAUUUUUUACCUAAUGCAAAAAGUCUUCUUUAUUUAAAUGUUGAGUCAAAUAGCUUCAGCGGUCCAUUUCCAUCAUUGGUUGCAAACCUAACAAAACUUGUUGACUUAGAUUUGUCGAAUAAUCAGCUAAGAGGACCUCUUCCAUCACAAAUAAUUGGACUUCCAAAUCUAACGCUGUUACGUUUAGAUGAUAACUUAAUCAACGGUACGAUUCCGUCUUGGGUCUUCAGCUUACCAGCAUUGGAGUACUUCAACCUCAGUAAUAACAAAUUGACUGGCCAUGUAAAAGAGUUCAAAUCCACUCAUUUAACUAUUGUUGAUUUGAGCAAUAACAACCUACAUGGUAGGCUUCCAAGUUCAACCUUCAAACUCGUGAACCUUUCUAGUCUCAUUCUUUCAUCAAAUAACUUCAGUGGUGAGCUAGACAUGCUCUGUCAUGCAAUUUCCCUUCAAAUUCUUGUCUUAUCUAGUAAUAGCUUUAAUGGCUCUAUUCCACAAUGUUCAGGAAAUUUCAACAUAGGUUUCUCUGUACUCGAUCUGCAGAAGAAUAAUUUUUCUGGCACCAUUCCUGAUACAUUUGCGAAGGAAAAUUCCUUCGAAACUAUCAACCUUGAUAGCAAUGGAUUUGAGGGGGCGGUACCAAAAUCUUUAGAUAAUUGCAAAAUGCUACAAGUGCUAGACCUUGGACAUAACAAGUUCUCUGAUAAAUUUCCAUAUUGGUUGGAAAAUUUAACUUCGCUACAAGUUCUAAUUUUGAGAUUUAACAAAUUCCAUGGACCUAUACAGAAUUCCAAGUUCAAAUUUCCCUUCCCCAACUUGCGAGUUAUGGAUUUAUCAAACAAUUAUUUUACUGGUCCAUUGCCAAGAAAAUAUUUCAAGAAUCUCAAUGCCAUGAUGAAUGUCGACGAAGCUAGUUUUGAAUUGAAAUACUUAGGGAUGCCUAGUCGUUUAACUUUAGCAUAUUACUAUAAUGAUUGUUUGACUAUAGCAAUCAAAGGAUCAACCAUAGAAAUGGUAAAAGUCCUAACCAUUUUCACUACAAUUGAUUUAUCGAAAAACAAUUUCGAAGGUGAAAUUCCACAGAUCAUUGGAAAGCUAAAUUCAAUCCGAGGGCUCAACUUGUCUCACAAUAGCCUUACAGGUCAUAUACCAGCAUCUCUUGCUAAUUUGACAAUGCUCGAAUGGUUAGACCUCUCUUCCAACAAACUCACUGGGGAGAUCGCUCAACAACUAAGGAAUUUGAAAUCCCUUGAAGUCUUAAACCUUUCGCAGAAUCAACUAAUAGGACCGAUACCACAAGGCAACCAAUUUGAUACAUUUUCAAAUGAUUCCUACAUUGACAACUUGGCAUUAUGUGGACCUCCAUUGUUAAAUGCAUGCAAUCCAAGGACACCACAACCACCACCCUUGAUGUUUCAGCAAGAAGACAACACUUCAAGUGGAUUCAAUUGGGAAGUCAUAUUUCCGGGUUAUAUAUGUGGGCUGGUGUGGGGACUUGUUAUGGGAUAUUUUAUGUUCUCUAGAGGAAAGCCUCAAUGGCUUGUGAGGAUCAUUGAAGGUGAAUGAAACAAAAGCGGAAAGAGAUUUAAAAAGUAUUCUCACAAUAACAGAGCAAGGUGAAAUUAGCCAAUGCAAGUGGUGUCCUUUGCUGCGAUGCAUUUCAAUCUGAUAUUGGCGGUGCAACUUUCGGAGGCAUGGCAAAUUGUGGUCAAGCUGAUGUAUUACGUAGUGUUGGGAAGUUGAAGAUGCGGUAUCAAAGGUUAGAAUGUAUAUGUAUAUAUAUAUAUAUAUAUUAGUGGGUGUGUAUCUAUCGAUGAGUGUGCUGUCAAAUCUAUAAAAUAUAAAUUUUAAUUUCGAUUUAAAAAUAAAUGUUAUGUGCUGCUCAAGUAGUAAGGAUGUUUCUCAUAUUGAAGAUUUUGGGUUCGAGUCUUUUGCUUGGUCCAUAUUUACUAGCGAUUGAUAUAAUGAAAAACAAAAGUCAACGAAAAAUAUUCUUCAUGAUCAACAAAAAACAAGCUUAUUUAGGCAUGAAAUGUUUCCCUUUUAAAAGAUAGCAAAUAUUUUUCAAACUAUAGUCUGAUUAAUAUCACUACACUACCACCACUAGUCUCACCUCCACCACCACACUGCCAUUACCACGGCCACCACCACCAGCAAAUAUAGAAAAAUAUGUCUAUAGAUCUAAUAUACCUUAGUGCUAUAUAUGUUUAUAUAUACCUGAUUUGUUGAAUAAUUGUUUGUGUAUUUGAAUAAUCAGUAAGCAAUAGAUAAAAUUGAUAAACUUGUAAUUUAUGCAUUAUUUUAUAAAUCUCUCAAUACACCCCUAUAUGAUAAAAUCACUCAUUUUUAGUGCUUAAUAGUAGUUGCUUGGAGCCUUAAAACUCCUGAGAUUCAUUGAUUUUUUAUAUAUUUUUUUCUGACUCUAUAAUUGAACUGAGGUGAUAAUAGUGUUUCAUGAUUCUUUCUACCACUGUUUUGAUGUAGAUAAAUUUACCUCUCACUCUCUCUCUCUCUCUCUAGUGGCCAAGGAAGAAUCGAACAAUCAAUUUUAUUUUAGAUAAAACUGAUUUACAUAUUGAUAGAGACGAAACGGGAAGCUUGUUAGAGAUAUUUUAGGAUUUUUUUUUUCGGUCAAUGGAGGUCUUUGACUAGCAAUUAGCCAGAUCUAAAUUUGAAAAUGAAAGAUUUCUUUGGUGAUGAUAUGAUGUUUGAACAGAUAGAAAAUUUGAACAGAUAAAAAAAUUUGAACAGAUAAGAAUUUUAAUAGAUAAAAAAUUUCAACAAAUAGUCAACGAAAAGUCAAACAGAAAAAAAAAGUCAAAGAAUAAAAUUUGAAACAAAAUGUUCUCCACCAAACGAUUACACAAAGUGUGGACCUCUCAUCAACAAAAAAUCUCUCUCAGAUCUAAUGCUUUAUACCCUCCUUAUAUUAGAUUUAUCACCAAUUAACCCCCUUUUUUUAUAUUUUUUUGGUGGUCCACCGAAAUGGAUAAUGUUUAUUAGUAGGAAAAUUAUAUGGUAUAUCAUAUGCAAUUCCAAUAAUGACAUUUGUGUUAUUUGAUUAUGACCUAUUGUUGGGUUAAUUAUGACUUAUCAUUGUAAUUUUUUUUUUAGAUAUGACUCGUUGUAAUUUGAAA